GUAUUUGCGUGCGGCGGAGGUGGCGGCGCGGGCUGGUCGGAGCUCCGGGUUGCUGAUUCUGGCGCUCCUGUGGCCGCCGUAGCAGUCCCGCUGCCUUGGACCGCCGAGCCGACGAGGCGCCGGCUCCAGCACCUCGGCACCGGCCGCAGCUCGGCGCGGGGCCCGGCGGGAGGGUGGGCGAGCGCGUGUCCGAGGGCGCCGCGCGGGCGGGCGGGCGGGCGCCCGUGAGGGAAAGAGGCGGGGGUGGUGGGGCAGCCGCGGGCCGGGCCGGCCGGGGGAUGUCGAUGCCUGACGCGAUGCCGCUGCCCGGUGUCGGGGAGGAGCUGAAGCAGGCCAAGGAGAUCGAGGACGCCGAGAAGUACUCCUUCAUGGCCACCGUCACCAAGGCGCCCAAGAAGCAAAUCCAGUUUGCUGAUGACAUGCAGGAGUUUACCAAAUUCCCCACGAAGACUGGCCGACGAUCUUUGUCUCGCUCUAUCUCUCAGUCCUCCACUGACAGCUACAGUUCAGCUGCAUCCUACACAGAUAGCUCUGAUGAUGAGGUUUCCCCCCGAGAAAAGCAGCAAACCAACUCCAAGGGCAGCAGCAAUUUCUGUGUGAAGAACAUCAAGCAGGCAGAAUUUGGACGCCGGGAGAUUGAGAUUGCAGAACAAGACAUGUCUGCUCUGAUUUCACUCAGGAAACGUGCUCAGGGGGAGAAGCCCUUGGCUGGUGCUAAAAUAGUGGGCUGUACACACAUCACAGCCCAGACAGCGGUGUUGAUUGAGACACUCUGUGCCCUGGGGGCUCAGUGCCGCUGGUCUGCUUGCAACAUCUACUCCACUCAGAAUGAAGUGGCUGCAGCACUGGCUGAGGCUGGAGUUGCCGUGUUUGCUUGGAAGGGCGAGUCGGAAGAUGACUUCUGGUGGUGUAUUGACCGCUGUGUGAACAUGGAUGGGUGGCAAGCCAACAUGAUCCUGGAUGAUGGGGGAGACUUAACCCACUGGGUUUAUAAGAAGUAUCCAAACGUGUUUAAGAAGAUCCGAGGCAUUGUGGAAGAGAGCGUGACUGGUGUUCACAGGCUGUAUCAGCUCUCCAAAGCUGGGAAGCUCUGUGUUCCAGCCAUGAACGUCAACGAUUCUGUUACCAAACAGAAGUUUGAUAACUUGUACUGCUGCCGAGAAUCCAUUUUGGAUGGCCUGAAGAGGACCACAGAUGUGAUGUUUGGUGGGAAACAAGUGGUGGUGUGUGGCUACGGCGAGGUGGGAAAGGGCUGCUGUGCUGCUCUCAAGGCCCUUGGAGCAAUUGUCUAUAUCACAGAAAUUGACCCCAUCUGUGCUCUGCAGGCCUGCAUGGAUGGUUUCAGAGUGGUAAAGCUAAAUGAAGUUAUCCGGCAAGUUGAUGUCGUAAUAACUUGCACGGGAAAUAAGAAUGUGGUGACACGGGAGCAUUUGGAUCGCAUGAAAAACAGUUGUAUCGUGUGCAAUAUGGGCCACUCAAACACGGAAAUUGAUGUGACCAGCCUUCGAACUCCGGAGCUGACGUGGGAGCGAGUUCGUUCUCAGGUGGAUCAUGUCAUCUGGCCAGACGGCAAGCGCGUCGUCCUUCUGGCAGAGGGUCGUCUGCUCAAUCUGAGCUGCUCCACAGUUCCCACCUUUGUUCUGUCCAUCACAGCUACGACACAGGCUUUGGCACUGAUAGAGCUCUAUAAUGCGCCUGAGGGACGAUACAAACAAGACGUGUACUUGCUUCCUAAGAAAAUGGAUGAGUACGUGGCCAGCUUGCACCUGCCAUCAUUUGAUGCCCACCUGACCGAGCUGACAGAUGACCAAGCAAAGUAUCUGGGACUCAACAAAAAUGGGCCAUUCAAACCCAAUUAUUACAGAUACUAACGGACCAGAUUACCAAGGACCAGUCCACCUGAACCACACGACUCUAAAAGAAAUAUUUUUAAGAUAACUUUUAUUUUCUCCUUAAUCUUUUCCUCUUGAUUUUUUUUUUUUCCUGUAAUUUCUUUCUUGUUUUUUCAUCUCAUUGUCCAAGUUCUUGCAGACCACACAGGAACUUGCUUCAUGACUCUUUAGAUGAAACUGAGAUUCAAGGUUUCUCACCCUAGUGACUAAAGAAAGAUUUUACUCUCCCAGCCCAGAAAGGUGAUUCUUUCUUUACCGUUUCUGGGGACUUUAUAGUCUUAAUUGGGUACCUUAUUAACAGGAAAUGCUAAGGUACCUUCUAUGUGGAACAAUCUGCAAUGUCUAAAUUGCCUUAAAAGAGCCCAUUUCUUAGCUGCUGAAAUCAGUGCUCUUUCACUUCUUCAGAGGAGCAGGGAUGGUACCUACCAGGCAGGUAGGUGAGUUGUAGGUGGUGCAUGUUAAUUUCCCCUAGGUGUUCCAAGCCCUGUUUCCGAUGGAAAGGUGGUAUGUUUGGCUCAGAGAUACGUACUAGUGAAUGUUGCUUGUUAAGAUCCACUAGGCCCACUUGGAUUUAGUACAGCUCUUCCUCCACUCCCACCAGACCCUCUCAUUUUUCAGGUUUUUAACCAGACUUUACUCUGUUUUGUCCCCUAGCAUUUAUUUCUUUUGUUUUGUUUUUUGUUUUGGGGUUUUUUUUAUAUAUAUAUAUAUAAGUAAGAAAAAUGUUUAGUCUUAAUACAGAGGAGCUGCUUGAGUGGUUAGUUGUUAUCAGUUUAUCUUUUGAACCUUUGGAGCUAAAAGUGCAGAGUUGAAUCUAGAGAAAUGCUGAUCUCAAACUCUGAUAAUCCCUCUGUUUUAGCCCAUAGUUUAUAGCAUCAAUGAACUGGGGCCGUAACAGCAAAUUUUAUCAGCUCUGCCCCAUCAGCUUGUGCUGAAAGCAAAUUUCUUGAGCCAUUACUCAGUAUAAGGCACUGAGCUCUCUCUUUAGGAUUUAUCCUUUAAGAGCAAAUUUCUGGUUAGCUGUGCUUCUGCAAUUUAAAAUAUUUAAAGGGAGGUAGAUGUGGAUGGAAGGAGGAUGGGUAGUUGGGCCAGGGUGAGAGAAAUUAAUUCCGUGUAACUUGUCUGGGACUUCAGGCCCCAUACAACAUUAGUUUUACAGAAGCGGUACCACUUUUAAUUGACAGACGUCACAGAGAGUUUAUGAACUGAGUCUUAAGGGCAGUUUGUACAUAGAGAAAGUAAUCAGUGUCCUGGCUCAUGCUCGGAAAGAAUCUGCAGAGAGGUUCUCUCAGAGAUCAGAAAGGUGUGUUCCCAAGCCAUGCACCCUGCUCACCAGCAUUUCUGCAUGGUCAGACGAGCUUUAUGCUCAUGAGCUUUAACUGUAUAAUUACCCAGGAUUGUAAACCCUCAACUUGUUCUAGCUUGUGAUCCUUCAGAGUUGGAUCAGGCGUUAGUUCUAGGUACUAGAAAUGUUCAUUUCCCUAUCGCCAUUGAUCAGAGACAAAUAAUUAAAAACCAGAAAUAUGAAAAGGAAAGCUUUCACCCUGUGACUUCCUAACUGGGGACAGUGAUCUUGCCAAAACUUUUUCCCCUUCCCUCUCCCAUUUCUCUCCACCCAGCCCCUUCCCACUCCUUGCCAGUGUGACCAUGCUUUUCUUCUCUGUAGAUGCUAACGGUUCAAGCCCCCUUUCCCAGGGCAUUUAACCAGCCAAUCACAACAGCACAUCCUUUAGGAGAGGUAACCUGGCUGAGAGUGGUAUCCAUCACGUCAGUUCUGCUGGAGGGAAGGGGCCCAGGUCCUGCUGCCCUUGGCCUGCUCCCUGCUCCCAUAUCUAUUACUGUGUCCGUAGGAAUACUAGGUAAGGGCUCCGUCUCUGUCAGCCAUGUAAUGAAGGACAUUGUGGGAAAAUGUCUGGCAUCAGAGGGAGCGUGUGGAGAGCAACUUGGGAGGAACAAGUUUAUUUUGUAUUGAAUGAUUUUUAAUGAAUGCAAUAUUAAUCCUUGCAGAUGAGCAAUAAUCAUUAAAGUCAAUUAAAAUGAUAAGACCUU